AUGCAACAGAGGGGCUCAAACACAACCAUGGAUUCCGAAGAAUCGGACAAUUCUUCGUCCACAACUUCGUGCAGAACCAGAAACAACGCGAAAUUAAAAGUUCUAGUCAGGAGCCACGCCAUGCGCGAAGAAACCUCGCCGCCGCGAGAACCUAGUCCGAACCACCAGCACCUCAAUCAACCCCAUCAGCAGCCCCUCCAUUCGCCCUGCAUCACCGUCAUCCCUUCGCCCGAAGUCUCCUCGUCGCCGCUCGUCGUCCUCAGCCCGUCGGCCGGCUCUCCGACGCCUCUGUGCAAGUCUCCUCAGUGCCUCUCUCCCACAGCCACUCUAGUACCUUCUCCUAACAAUAACUCAAGGAGCUCCCCUAAUCUUAGUGCUUCCUCGGACGUCGUUUCUCCCAACGACAGGCUGGAUAUGGACCAUCAGCAAGAUGGCAACUACGGUGAAUACGCGACUUCUAGUCCUAAAUUUGCAAAUAAAACGAACUCAUCGAAACAAGCUAGUCAUAGUUAUAAGAGAAAGAACGCGUGCGAGUGCCAAACUCAGAACUGUCUGAAGUGCGUGAAGAACCAACAGCAAGAGAAGAUAUUCGUCAACAGCGCGACGAACGCGAACGGCGGCAGCCCCAACACAUUGACCGUCUCCAGGGCCGGCUCCAAAACCAAGCUGCGCCAGCAGAGCUCCUCGUUGGGCAGCUUCGACAGCUCCAUCAACUCGCCCUGCUUGUCCAGAGAUAAUAGUUCCGAACUGUACACCGACACCACCGGCGUCGAUCUGGAACUGUUCAUCCCCGAAACGCUAAACAGAAACGCUAAAGAUAGAGCGUUGAUGCUUCGAAUAGAACAAGAGCUAGUCAGCCUUGCCAAAGAUAAAACGAAAACGCAUUACAAAUUCCCGCCAAUGUCGUCGUAUCAGCGAAUGCUGGUGCAUCGAUGCGCGGCCUACUUCGGCAUGGACCACAACAUCGAGCCUACGGGAAAAUGCGUUGUGGUUAAUAAGACGAAGAACACUAGAAUACCCGAGGUGGAAUUUAAGGAGCACAUUAAAGAGGAUAUUAUAUUUAGCGAAGAACCUAGGCGGUCCAUCUUGAAAAGGGAUUCUAAUAGCAUAGAUGAUUAUAGUUUCAAAUCGCCAGAUCGAUCUUACGGGUCCGACAGUCGCAGAAGUAAAAGCUUCGAGGAACGCGAGGAGGAGUACGAAAAGGCCAGAAGAAGAAUAUUCAACAGAGAGUUUUUCAAGAUGCGCGACGAGUCUUCGGAGGAUUUUGGCUGGUCCGAGAUACCUUGGUCGAGCACGGAGAGCGAGUAUUCGUCCAGAUACAGGCUGCAAACGCCGGAUAUGCAUCACCGGCACGCGGGAAAGUUGCUGUUUAAGGGCCACUCCGAGGAUCCCGGCGAGGCGAUGAGGCCGUGCGUGUCUAAGAGCUACAGUUUCGGAGGCUACGGCGGCAACCUGUCCGUGUUGAGCAGAGGAGACAGCGUCAUGUCGACGCACAGCGCCGGGCCGAGAUUGCUCACCAAACAAGGAAGAGUAUUUGUAGAUUCGGGAGCCAGCUCGGUGUCGUGGCGUCUGAGUCCGUCCAGCUCGGGCUACAAAUCCCAAUCGCAGAUGUCCGAAUCCGUGACGCCUUCGCCGACUUCUACGCCGCAUCUGACGCAUCCCGACGUCAAGGAAGACAGCAUCCUUUGCGGCGAGGAUAACAAAUCUAGCGACAAAAAUCACAUUAUUUGGGCCGUUUCGAAUAUCCAUAAUGUGCCGAAAGGGAGUUUAAUUAUCAACCCGCAGACCGGCCAGCCGUUGAAAAACGAAGACGGCACCAUUUAUCAUUACGAUCCGAACAAUUUACUGCCGGAAAUAUCAUCGCCCGCUAAAACCCACCAUCACUCGUCACCGCUGAAAUCGCCCCAUAAAGAAAUCCACGAUUCGCCGAAAAAGCCCCAUUCCGACACGUUGAAACCGUCGCCGUCGAAAAAGUCCCAAAUAACGCACAGCUCGACGAGCCCCACGCUGCCGUAUUCGCCGCCGGUCGUCGCCGCCGCCGCGCCCGAAUUGCCCCAGAAGAGCUACUCGUUCAGCCAGCCCGAUCAGCAGCAGGCCAUGCAGCAGUACGGAUCGUACCACGCCGCUAUCGCCAGCCCGCCUGCUGCCGAUCCUGGCCCCUUCUAUCAACAACCGUGCGUCAUCUACUCCACCCCUUACGGCUUGUACCAGUCUCAACAGUACGAUAACCGUUUGGAUUAUACAGCGGAUGUAUCAAACUCUUAUUACUUACCGGAGGCUUCGGGCGCGCCUCAGGUUACUUAUCAAGCGCCACAAGCUGCUCCUUACUGGAACCAAACGAUAGCUUAUUACCAAAACGGGGGGCCGGUUCAGAGCGUUACACCGCCUAGGUACUCGUCGGUACCUCUACAAACAGCGACCCAGCCUGCGUACGUAUCGACUUCGUACCCACAGACUUACAUGACGUCGCCUACACAGCAAAUACAAAAUUCCGCGGAACUCCAACCGGUCUAUCCCAGUCAGCCGAUGGUGAUGUACCAGAACCAACCGACGCCGCCGACGUAUUAUCAGAACCAGCCUCCCAUGGUUUACAGCCAGAACGCCGUGUACGCGUCCCAAGGGUAUCCCAGUCAAAUGGCGCAACCGGUACCACAUCCUCACAAUAUGACGCCCAAUAGCGGCGCUUCGAGCGCCAUGCAAAGCGGCCACGACGCCCAAACGCUGUACAAUCUCACGCAGAGCAUACAGCAGAUGAACCUCGGCGGGACCGUGCCCUGCCCAACGUUUGUAGCCAAUAGAGGUGCCCAAUUGCCGUGCGACGUGCGCCAGAGACCGUCGAGCAACGGCCUCAAAAGCAAGCCGUUCAAAUGCUUCUUCGUGGGAUCGGGCCAGAGCAGCGCGGGCACCAACUCGCCCGCCGCCACUGUGAUAGCGGGCUACUGUCCGCAGGGCUCCGCAGGGAUGUACAGGACGCCGCCGGAGACGCCGCCCGCGCAAUUCGCCUAUCCGCCGAACUUCGCUUCGCCGAUCAUUUUGAAACAGGUUCCCAGAGCAAGUACUCCGGGUACGGCAAAGAGCAGUCGAUCUCCAACCCCAGCCGGUGACGUUUCUUAUUUCGAUAGGCAGAAGAUGGCGUUGCCGUCGAAUUUGUACCAAGGCAUGCCUUACAUGGUACCAGCUACGGAUCCCAGGCUAGUUUCCGGUCGAGGACAGCCUAACAUUUACAGACCAAAUGCACAAAUGACCAGGCCAAAUAAUCAAGCGCCUGAUAAUCGAUCUAACAAUAAAAAUCGAAAGACAAAGACCAAUAAGCAACAAUGCGGAUUGCCGCCCAGUGGAAAAUAG